ACUUUUCAUCCGAGUCCAUCCGAAGCCGAACCACCGUAUUUCAGCACCGGGACCUCGUCAGUCCUAUUCAGAAAACACCUCUCGACAUCUUGCACCGAUUCUCGAGUCAAAAUGCACGAAAUGAUGGCAGCACCGAGAGUUAACAUGGGUAGAAACAAAGGGAUGUACGUGGACCGCGACAAGCCGGCCCAGAUUCGGUACAGCAACAUCUCUGCAUCAAAAGCUGUUGCGGACGCCAUCAGGACCAGCCUGGGGCCUAAAGGCAUGGACAAGAUGAUCCAGGAUGAGAAAGGUGACGUGAUCAUCACCAACGACGGUGCCACCAUCCUGAAGCAGAUGCAGGUUCUCCACCCCGCAGCCAAAAUGAUGGUGGAACUGUCCAAAGCCCAGGACAUUGAGGCCGGAGACGGCACCACCUCUGUGGUGGUGAUUGCUGGCGCUCUGCUGGACGCCUGCUCCAAACUGCUGCAGAAAGGUAUCCACCCCACCACCAUCUCCGAGUCCUUCCAGAAGGCCGUGGAGAAAGGCGUGGAGGUGCUGACCGGCAUGAGCCGGCCGGUGCUGCUGAGCGACCGCGAGACGCUGCUCAACAGCGCCACCACAUCGCUGUGCUCCAAGGUCGUGUCCCAGUACUCCAGCCUGCUGGCGCCCAUGAGCGUGGACGCCGUCAUGCGCGUCAUCGACCCGGCCACCGCCACGGGCGUCGACCUGCAGGACAUCAAGAUCAUCAGGAAGCUCGGAGGCACCAUUGAUGACUGUGAGUUGGUGGACGGCCUGGUGCUGAACCAGAAGGUCGCCAACAGCAGCAUUUCCCGGGUGGAGAAGGCCAAGAUCGGCCUCAUCCAGUUCUGCCUGUCUCCUCCCAAAACUGAUAUGGACAACCAGAUCGUGGUCUCUGACUACGCCCAGAUGGACCGCGUCCUGCGGGAGGAGCGCUCCUACAUCCUCAACAUGGUGAAGCAGGUCAAGAAGGCCGGCUGCAACGUGCUGCUCAUCCAGAAGUCCAUCCUCAGAGACGCUCUGAGCGACCUCGCCCUGCACUUCCUCAACAAGAUGAAGAUCAUGGUGGUGAAGGAGAUCGAGAGGGAGGAGAUCGAGUUCAUCUGUAAGACUCUGGGCACCAAGCCCAUCGCCCACAUCGACCACUUCACCCCAGAGAUGCUCGGCACAGCGGAGCUGGCUGAGGAGGUCAGCCUGGACGGCUCCGGCAAGCUCAUCAAGAUCACAGGCUGCACCAGCCCCGGGAAGACUGUGUGCAUCGUGGUCCGAGGCUCCAACAAGCUGGUGAUCGAGGAGGCGGAGCGCUCCAUCCACGACGCGCUGUGCGUCAUCCGCUGCCUGGUCAAGAAGAGGGCUCUGAUCGCGGGCGGCGGCGCUCCGGAGAUCGAGCUGGCAGUGCGCCUCGCCGAGUACGCGCGUACUCUCGCCGGCAUGGAGGCGUACUGCGUGCGGGCGUACGCCGACGCCCUCGAGGUGAUCCCUUCGACGCUGGCCGAGAACGCCGGCCUGAACCCCAUCUCCACGGUGACGGAGCUCCGCAACAGGCACGCCCAGGGAGACACAAUGGCCGGCAUCAACGUCCGCAAGGGAGGAAUCUCCAACAUCCUGGAGGAGCAGGUGGUGCAGCCGUUACUGGUUUCCAUCAGCGCUCUGACCCUCGCCACAGAGACGGUCCGCUGCAUCCUCAAGAUCGACGACAUUGUGAACUGCCGAUAGAGAUUUGAGCCUGUCCAGUGAGUUUUGUCCACGAAGGUCGUACUGCGAAGGGAUCGGAGGAUUCUUUCCACGUCUUGUCUGUUCAGAUUUCCGCUGUAGUUGUUACGUUGCGUAAUUAAAUAAUAAUAAAAAGGCUUCUUUUUCUGUUGACACUCCA